AUGCGCAAAACACCAAAGUCAGCAAUUUACGAUUGCUUUAAAUCAGUUAAUGCUGAAGUUGAUUCUACAAAUGCUACUUAUAUUAUCGAUGGAGGAUAUCUGUUACAUCACGCUGUGUGGGAUCGAGAACAAACCUUCAACGUUAUUUCCAAAAAAUACGUUCAGUAUCUACACAGACACUAUGGUCAUAGAGUGACGGUAGUAUUUGAUAGCUAUAGUGAGUCGACAAAAAAUAUUAAAGCUGCAGAACAACUUCGUCGGAAUAUGAAAACAUCUUCAUGUUCCGACAUCAUCUUUGAUCAAUUUAUGACAGUUCCAGCAAACCAACAACAAUUUCUUGCUAACAUUCAUAAUAAAUCUCGUUUUAUUUCCAUGUUGUGA